CAAUGUCUGUGGGACAUUCGCACAAUAAGUCUGACUCAGUGCCCCGCGGUUCGGAAUAGUUGUUUUAUUCGCGGUCAACCUUCACGCGUCCCAGCCCAUCUGCUUUUCUAACCAACGCAUUGAGACGACAAAGUCGCUAAUGGCCACUACUGCCACCCGGCACCCGCACGGAUCGCUGCGGCACCAGGCGACCGCGCUUGCAGGCUGCCCUUCGCCAUAGAACAAGCUCUAAGCUCUUGCCACUGCUAUGCCGCAACUACUACCUGCAGCAGUCGAUGUGCAACGUAGAGUAUUACGCUAUGAUGUGCAACGACGACAAUGACGUAAUGACGUGAUAACAGAACAACAAUGCGGUCGCGUGCGCGUGCGCGUGUACUCCUUUCGUUGGCACAGCCACAAGAACAAUUAUAUUAUAUAUUUCGGUCGUCAGCCAACGGUGGGGUGGGGUGAGAGGAAAAAACCUACCGCCGACGAGAUCGUUUGCCACAGUCAGCGAGAGGCGUAUCGCGUUCCGUAAGUCAUAAGUGUAACGUACGAUCGUCCCGCACGUUAUCGCUUCGCGUCGGACACCGUGGUAUAAUAAUAAUAAUAAUAAUAAUAAUAAUAAAUCCGAAUUCGUCGUUGGAUCUAUUUCAUCCUCCCCUCCCACACGUCCCACCAAAGACGCCGGGUGAUCAAUCGCACCGCUAUUCAGGCAUUCGCUAUCGUCCGCACCGACCGACGACGUCUGCUCUCACUAUCAGUGGCAAGUGAUAGAGGAGUAGAGGACCGUUUUAUGUUAAUGUAAUACUACGAUUACUUACCAGUUGUCGUGCCCCGAGUUCUACGUUCAUUUAUUAUUAUUAACAUAAUAUUAUCACGCACACGCACACGUUUAUCGCGUUCGUACGUGUACCGUCGCAUUAUCAUCUUUAUAUUAUUAUUAUUAUUAUUUAUAUCGUUUCCGCCGGAGUGGUGAUAACCGAUAAUUGAUCAACAAACUCGGUGUCUGGUGACCGUAGCGUAGUAACCGUGUGAAAUUAGGUUAUUUCGCGUAGUUGUUUCGCGUCCGCCUCUGUGCACUUAUAAAACUCGGCGUCGCGGUUCCUGUCCGUUUUCGUUUUUCCAUCAUCAGUUGGAGGUGUCCAGCGUUAUUUUUAACGACCGUGUGUCUCCUGUCGCCCUAUUUAAGAGACCGAUCGCCAUGGCCAUGGAAGGAGAGGAACUCAUCUCGGACCAGGAUAAGAUCAAGAUUGUUUCGGAUUUCAUACUGCAUUCACCUCCUGGCGAAUUUAAUGAAGUAUUCAAUGAUGUUCGAGGCUUAGUUAACAAUGAUGCACUUCUUAAAGAAGGAACGUGUUGGGCAUUUGCUUUAUACAAUAAAGAACAAACAUUACCUAUUAAGUUAGAAAACAGUGAAUAUCCGGUGCUUAUUACUCAAUUUAAUGAUCUAGGAUCUAGUAGGUUUUAUGAUCCUAGAUCUAAACAAUCAUUUAAGUUUGAUCAUUUAAGAAAAGAGCCAUCAAACUAUGAGAAUUGGGAGCCAGAUUCAGAGACAGAAACUUGGCGUUCAGUAUUUGAAACAGAAUUUACUUCAUAUACGUCAUUACAUUAUAAACAUGGUACAUGCAGUGUAUUUGCAAAACAAGAAGGUUCUUCCACUGUUAUAACAGCUUGCAUUGAGGAUCAUGAAUUCCAAGCAAAAAAUUUUUGGAAUGGUCGUUGGAGGUCUCAGUGGACUCUUACUGUUGGACCAACUAAUAUAGAUGUUUUUGGAUUUUUACGAAUUCAUGUUCAUUAUUAUGAAAACGGUAAUGUUCAACUUGUAGCAUCUAAAGAAAUAAAGGAAUCAAUCGCAUUAACAACUGAAGAGUUAGCUGUUAAAGAAGUUUUGAAAAUAGCAGAAGAUGCGGAAAAUGAGUACCAGAUAGCUAUUACAGAAAAUUAUCAAACUAUGUCAGAAACAACUUUUAAGGCACUCCGUCGCCAGUUGCCAGUCACUAGAACAAAAAUUGAUUGGAAUAAAAUUGUUUCUUAUAGCAUUGCUAAAGAGUUUAAAACUCAAUGACCAAUCAAACAAUUAAUAGUCAUUGUUUUAUUUUCAUGAUGCAAAAGACUUAAUUGGUAAGUCCUUACGCUUGCUGAAAUAUUUAAAUAUUAUGA